GAGUUGCGAUGUUGGUCCGCGCGAGAAACAAGAGAAGCAGAGAUGCCGAAAGUGCGAAGGAUAAGGAAGAAGAAGAAAUUCCACACAAACCGUUCGUCAAAGUCGCGGCUAUUUGCGGCUCUUUGCGUAAAGCUUCCUACAACAGAGGCCUCAUCCGUGCUGCGAUAGAGCUGACGAAUGAGCAAAUGCAAGGCGUCGACGUGGAGUACAUUGAGAUAGCGGCGUUGCCGAUGAUGAACACCGAUCUGGAAGUGGACGGGACGUAUCCCGCAGAAGUAGAAGCGUUCCGUGAAAAGGUUGUGAAGGCUGAUUCAUGUCUCUUUGCUUCUCCCGAUUACAACUACUCCAUCACUCCACCAUUGAAGAACGCGUUAGAUUGGGGAUCAAGACCCCCAAAUGUAUGGGCUGGGAAAGCUGCUGCAGUUGUGAGUGCUGUUGGCGGUGGGAGAAGAGCGCAACUUCAUCUUCGCCAAAUUGGAGUUUUUCUUGAUCUUCAUUUUAUCAACAAACCAGAGUUCUACUUGAAUGCACAUAGGCCACCGGGAAAGUUCAAUAGCAAUGGUGACUUGGUUGAUUCCGAGACAAAGGAAAAGCUUAAAGAAAUGCUUAUAUCCUUGCAAUCGUUCACGUUAAGACUACAAGGCAAAAGCUGAAUUGU